GGACCCAGCUGAGCUGAGAUAUCAGUAUCUGCAUUAAAGCUCCUGCCUAUUCUUAGGUGACUCUCCAACAGGACUGAACAGGCAAGGCACCAACCAGCUGAACUUAGAAGUAGCUGCUACGAGAACCACAAAAUGGCUUACAGCGUGACUCUGAACGGCCCGGGCCCGUGGGGCUUCCGACUGCAAGGUGGAAAGGACUUCAAUAUGCCCCUGACCAUCUCCAGAAUCACUCCCGGCAGCAAGGCGGCCCAGUCACAGCUGAACCAGGGUGACCUGGUGGUGGCCAUCGAUGGCAUCAACACGGACACCAUGACCCACCUAGAGGCCCAAAACAAGAUCAAGUCGGCCAGCUACAACCUGAGCCUCACACUCCAGAAGUCCAAGCGCCCCGUGCCAAUCUCCACUUCAGCCCCCAGGAUUGACUCGCCUCUGCCUGUGAUUCCCCAUCAGAAGUUGCUCCAGGACCCCACAGCAGAAGGAAAUGGCCAGCAGGCCUCCCCACCUCCUCAGGCCGGUCCGGCAGCUGGGUCUCUAGGUGGUGAUGUAGUCACCAACGGAGCGUGGUCAGGCUUUCUCGGCAAGCAGGAGAUCAACCUGUCCCACAGCUCCUCUUGCUCCCAGUCCACUGAACUGCAGAGCUCCUUCCCCUCUCACCCAGCGGCCUCCACCCCGUCACCUCCCCGGAGUCACUUGACACCUUCGGUCAACCCAGUCGGCUCCUCUAGCCUCAGCCCCAAACUCCAAGUGAACUCUGGGAAGCAAAGACAGUAUAACAACCCCAUUGGCCUUUACUCGGCGGAGACAUUGAGGGAGAUGGCCGAGAUGUAUCAGUUAAGCCUCAGAGGGAAGGCUUCAGGAGGUGGACUCCCGUCAGGUAACCUUCCUGUUAAAGAUCUUCCCGUAGACAGUGCUUCCCCCGUGUAUCAGGCUGUGAUUAAAAACCAGAACAAGCCAGAAGGUGAGACAGACGACUGGGCCCGCCGUUCUGCCAACCUGCAGUCUAAGUCCUUCCGCAUCCUCGCCCAGCUGACCGGAACGGAAUUCAUGCAAGACCCUGAUGAAGAAGCUCUGAGAAGAUCAAGUGGCAAGCAACGGCUGACUACAUCAGCAGGAAACAGUACCCCUGUUGAGCAUGCUCCAGUGUCCACCAGCUCUGCCUCCGCUCCCAUGCCAGCUGCUUCCGCCCAUCCGCCCGCUACUGCUGUUCCCAAUGCAGUCCAUCCGACGUCGCCUCAGGCCUCCGCCUCUUUCGCCAGUCCUGACGACUCCCUGUCGCCCUCACUCCGAAGAGUGCUUGCUGCUCCCAGCUCUUCUUCACAGCCUAAGCUUUUUCCUGACCCUAAGAGUAUAUCCUUGGCGGCUUCUACCAUUUCCUCUGCUCUGUCUUCUCGGUCUAGACUCCUGGCUUCAUCCUACAGCAUGGCUCCAGCGUCUUCCCAAGGAUCCGCCACCUACAACGAGGCCCCGGCCCCCGCCCCGAAGCCCAGGAUGGUCACCACCGCCAGCAUCCGACCCUCUGUCUACCAGCCAGCUCCAGCUGCCAGCUACAGCCCCGCACCAGCUGUGUCUUAUAGCCCUGCCCCAGCAGCCCCCUAUAGCCCCGCUCCAGCAGCCCCCUAUAGCCCUGCCCCCUAUAGCCCCGCCCCCUACAGCCCUGCUCCAGCAGCAUCCUACAGCUCUGGCCCAGGAGAACCAGCCAGCCGCCCACCCUGGGUGACAGAUGACACCUUUUCCCAGAAGUUCUCUCCCGGGAAGACCACGACGGCUGUCUCCAAAAACCUGCUGCCCCGGGGCACCCCAGUCUCAUCGGCAGCUCCAGGCCCAGCCUACACUCCUUCGGGCACCCAGGUGCCCACGCUGGCCAGGGGCACCAUCCAGCGGGCGGAGCGUUUCCCAGCCAGCAGCCGGACCCCUCACUGUGGACACUGUAACAGCAUCAUCCGGGGGCCAUUCCUGGUCGCCAUGGGCCGGUCCUGGCACCCAGAAGAAUUCAACUGUGCCUACUGUAAGACCUCUCUGGCAGACAUGUGCUUUGUGGAGGAACAGAACAAUGUGUACUGUGAACGGUGUUAUGAGCAGUUCUUUGCCCCUCUCUGUGCCAAGUGUAAUACCAAAGUCAUGGGGGAAGUGAUGCAUGCCUUGAGGCAGACUUGGCACACGACCUGCUUUGUCUGUGCGGCCUGUAAGAAGCCCUUUGGGAAUAGUCUCUUCCAUAUGGAGGAUGGGGAGCCCUACUGUGAGAAAGAUUACAUUAAUUUAUUCAGCACUAAAUGCCAUGGCUGUGAUUUCCCGGUGGAAGCUGGUGACAAGUUUAUUGAGGCCCUUGGACACACUUGGCAUGAUACCUGCUUCAUUUGUGCGGUGUGCCACAUGAAUUUGGAGGGCCAACCUUUCUACUCUAAGAAGGAUAAACCACUGUGCAAGAAACAUGCUCAUGCCAUUAAUGUCUAAAGGAAAGGCUGGAAGCCACUGGUGCUGGAGGAUGAUGGCUGAUCUGAAACCUGCUAAAAAGGAUAAACAGCUGAUAAUGUUUCUUACUGUUAGGGGGUGGGAGGGGGGCUAAAAAACACUUGAGCUCUUGUGAAGUAUAAUUUUAGUCCUUUGUGGAUGCAGAACUUGCAUUUGCAUAGUUCAGACUAGAAGUCAAAGUAAUGAAUCCAAGACUAGAAUGGUACUUCAGAAGUUUGGGACUAGAUUCAAAGAGCUCAAAAUCCAAACACUGAAAGCAACUUUUAUCAAAUGUACUUUCCAUUGACUCCACCAGAAUAGCCUUAGAACUACUGUUAAUAGGAGUUCAAACUCAUUCUGAGUAUGCUACAUAUCUACAGCUGGCCAAAGAAUGAAAUUGCCAAAAAGGACUGGCUGCAUAAUAUUUUUAGAGCCAGAGCUGAGAGUUUGUAAACUAAGACAGAUCAGGCAUUCCUCACCAAAAAAGGAAGUAUUAUUCUUUCAUUAAUGUCACCGUGCUACCUCCAAGCAUCAAAUUUAAGACUUAUGAAUGAACCAAUGCGAGGCAUUCUAUUGACAUUUCAGGGCAAAGCAGUGGCCAGGAUUCAGAGAAAUCUUGACUGCUAAAAGCAGGAGAAGAGGGGCUAUUCUAGGAGAGUGUGGGUAAUGGAAAAUUGAUGAGUGAAGGGAUCGUGACAUUUCUGUAGCCCACACGAGAUUGAGAAAAGUUGGGCUCUUCAGUUAACCUCUUUCAGUUCAGAUCCCUAUACUCAUAAGGCUUUUCUUAUUUUCUGCUUGGUGUGGAAAACUGGAAUUGGCUUUCAUUGAUUUUGCUCUUUGUUGGGCAAAGGAAGGAAAUUGAGAAAGACCUGGGUUUUGUUUUGGUGCCUUGCCAGUUCUGACAGGUUUGUGGGCAGAGAUGAGUUUGCUCUGCCUCGUUUCCCCUGUUUGCAGGUCAGCAUGUGUUGUCUUUCUUAGAACCCUUUACUGGACAAGGCGAUCCAAUUUUGAGUCACCAUCACUGAGACAGGCAAACGUGGAGUCUUCGCAAACUAGUAUGUCAGAAUGGUGGUCGCAUCCAGUGACAAGAGAGGAGUCUUAAUUUCUGCCAAACUCAGUGAACACAGAGAAGACAGAUUAGAGGGCAGCACCAAAUCAUAGCUUGAUCUUCCACCACUGUGACUGAUUGUUUUAUAUGGAACAUGUCCUACUCUGAAGAUUUGUUGACUACUGGAAAGGAUAGGCAGGCUGAAGUUUAGCUUGUGCUCAGAUAUCUGGUCUUAAAUCAGUUUGAUCUAGCAAGUAUUAUAGCUUGGCCUCUGUGGUUUAGAACAAUCCAUAUUCUUGAUAGUAGCAGUAGCUUAUUAUUUUCAAAUUUCUUUAUAAGUACACUAUGAUUGUUUUCUAUGUGAGAUAGUGGUUUAAAAUGGCUCCACGAGGGGCCAGGAGUUUGGCUUUAGUUCUGAGUGUGGAAAUUUCACCCCAUUUUAAAAGUGCAUCUAUUUUUUUUUUUUUGGAAAGUGUUCUUUAUGCUCACUGAUGAAGUAUAGUGUGAACAUUUUUCAUCUACGCAAAACAAUUCGACAUCUACACCAAUCUCUUUUGGAUUUUUUUAAGUAAUUUAAACAUGGCAAAGUGGAAUCAGAAAUAUCUGUUUCCUUUCCCCCCAAAGUAGUGCUUGUCUUGGAAAAGUAUCUUUCUUGGCUAUGUUUAAUUCUUCUGAUGGGGAGUCAAAAUCUAAUGCUAAGAGAUGUUUCCUUUAAACACCAUCCAAAAGUUGCUGGAGGGUCAUAUAUUUUCAACUUUGUCCUAUGAACUGCCAUGAAACCAACACACUUGUCCUCCAACACAGAACAUGGAGGAGAGCAUGUAAGUAUGCACAUGCUGCUUAGUCAAUAUGAGGCUCUUAGUUUGUUUAGCACUAAAGUCACGACUGUAAAAGCAGUUUAUUUUCAGACUGAAUAAAGGUUGCCCAGUCAUGCCAAGCAAUUUUUUCAGGGGUCUAAUAAGACUGCUGUGUACAGUCAUUUAAAAAGAUUUAAUAUAUAAGGACAAGUAGAUUCUUAGUACUCAAAAAGUGAAAUCCUGGGUAGUUAAAUAGGAAAGGAAUUCUGAACAAAUUUGAUUUAAUCCAAAAAACUUUCAAAACUUUUGCAUUCUCAUUUAUUCUCAUUCCCUCUCCCUCUCUUUGCGCUCUAAACUGCCAGUUCCUUCAAGCCAGAUGUGUCCCCAAAACCCAAUGUGGGAGUCUUUUCAAUAAAUAUAUUUUUAUUAUAUCUACAAAGUGAAGAAAGCUAAAUGACUCUUGAAAGAGUUUCUUCAUUGGGAUUUGACAUUGAAAUCAGUUUCUUGAGGUUUGGUGUAGUGGAUAAAUUAAAAAUUUAAAUUAUAAACUGAUAAGGGGCAGUAGCUUUGUUGGAGUUUGGUCUUUUUCAGUAAGUUAGUUCCAGUCUUUUGGACAAAUUUUUUCUAUAGAUAAUGAUGUGAAUGCCUAAGCUUCAAAGCACUAAACUUCGGGCAGGAUAAUUUGGAUUUGCAAUACCUGUCUCUUUGUAGUAGACAUUUGUUUAUAAUUUAAUGACAUUAUCAUUUACUGCUGAGUGAACUGUAGCUGCAGUGAUUGGGUUGGAAAUCUAGCUUUUUUUAAUGUUUAUGAUUAGCCCAAGUGCUCUUGCUUUUGAAUCAUCAAAAUUUCUAUUUAUUAUUAUCUGAGGCAGAAUUUAGUUCUAUUUAGAGGUGUGUGGAAAUAAAUCUUGCAUGGAUUAUCUAUGCCAAUAUGAAUAAAACUUCACAACAAACAGAGCAAAACGGUGUGAGAGCAUGGAAAGGUAGCUUUGAGUUUAAAGAUUUUCAUUAACCUAAAAUUACAGUCAGUUGUCCCUUACAGCCAUAAAUGUAAAUUAGAGAGAAGAAAAUUGUUUAGGUGCCCUUCUUCAGAUUCUGAAAACAAAAUAAAAUGCCCAGUGGAAAAGUGGCUAUUCAUUCAAGACUCUCUUGUCAUGCCUCAUCACUGAAUGUGAUACACUGGCAGUUCAGUUGCCUUGUUUAAGCAAACAAGUGUAGGUCAAUAAGCAGAAGUUCUACAUUGUAGGGUUUGACCAUAAACCUGAGAUGGGCCCUAACCUUAUUGUCACUUUUUAUUAUUGUAUCGGACUUUCCCAAGCACCUAGUAUAAUACUCUUCACACAGUAAACACUUAAUAAAUAUGAUUGAUGAAUGAAUGAAUUAAUGAAAAGGUUUAUAUACUAAAUACUUGUUUACCACUCAUUUGAGAUUUAUUUUUAUUCUAGCACAAAUCAGCCAAUGUGUCUUUAAGAUCAUUCAUUUCCUGAAGUUGUGUUUUUCUCUAGAAGCACUAGAUUGCAAGAUCAUAGCAAAUGCUUACAAUCAUUAGAUGGUAGGAUUCUUGAGAUCAGGGAUCAUGGCUACAAAUUUUAUUGUACUCUCCCAAGUGCUCAGUACAGUGCUCUGCCCACAGCAGGCACUUAGUAAAUAAUAUUGACUGAUUGAUUCUCCAAUUCUGCUUCCUGGUAUAAAAUGAAUGGAAAAUUUUUCAGUUUAACCCCUAGGUUUACUGCUCUCCCUCCCUCUGAGACUGUGAGCAAUGUGUGGAAUGGAGACUGUGAUUAUUCUGAAUUGACUCCCAUAUUUAAUGCACAAUAAAAGUUUAAUAAAUGUCAUAAGUGAUUAAUAA